AUGCGUCGUCAAAGUGAAAAUAAUGAUAAUAGAUAUUAUGCUUAUUUACCUCCAACAAGUUCACCAUCAUCUCGAAAUACUUCCUCAAAUAGUAUAAACCGAAAUGCACAUUAUCAAUAUUAUGAUCCUCGUUUACGUACUCGACAACAAGCACAACAAAGUCUUUAUGAAAUUCAAUAUUCAAGUACAAGUCCUAAUCGAAGUCCAGCUUCUUUAUAUGGCUCACCCCGUCAUCAACAUUCUUAUCAACCACCAUCAUUUCUUCAAGAUUUACCAUCAUCAUCAGCAAAUACGAUUUCUGAUUUAGGCGAACCAAUAUCUAUAUUUGAUAAUAUUAAACCAUUAGAACAACGACGAGCUAUUGUUGCACCGCCUUUACCAUCAACAUAUGUACCACCUAAUAUAAAUCAACGUCCAUCUGUAAGUGAUGUUCGUCUUGCAACGGCACACGUAUUGAGAGAUCAAUUAUUAACUGAUAUUCAACGUACAAUAAAUGAUAUCGAUCGAGACUUAACUUCACUUGAACGACGACCUUCAUUACAACGUUAUAUACCACCACGUUUUUCACCUAUUAUAGAAUUAGAUAAUCAAGAUGAAAAUCUCUUUCGACAAACAACAAAGGCUACUAAAGCAGUUAGUGUUCCAGUAAAAAAACCUGUUCCAAUAAUAACGUCACCUAUGAAUAAAAAAGUUCAACAAACAUCAGCACAUUCAACAGCAACAACAAAAGAAGGAAAUAGUAGUACUAGCAGUCAAAUAUGGCCAAAUAAACCAAAACGAAUUUAUGAAGUUAUACCUAGUUUAACAAGUGAUUCAAGAAAAACAUCAAGACAAUCAUCUGUUGGUGCACAACAUGAACGAAUUAAAAUAACUGAAAUACAAUCACGACAAUCAACACCAAAACUCAUUGAAAAAAGUAUUUCAUCAUCACAGCUUCAAUUACGUGGUCAAUAUCAUUAUGCACCAGAAGUUGAAGAAGUUGAAAUACUUCCGAAUGAUCCAGAAAAUAUUGAUCAUAAAUUGACAUUAGAUGAAAUUCAAGAAACAAGUCCUUAUGAAACAUUAAAUACUGAUCAAUUUCUUCAUGAUUCAUCCAAUCCACUUGAAAGUCGUGUGAUAAUUUUUGUUCCAGAAGUUAGUGGUAAUAGUCGAAUAGGACAUAAUGAAUCUAUUGAAGACUUAAUUCAACAUGAUCAAAUUGAUAAUGCACAUAUUGCUCAACCAUUAACAGUUGACUCUUUUCAUGAUGUAAGACCAACUAAAGAAUUAACUAGUCAAGAUGCUCAAUCACUUAUUCAAACAGCACCAGAAGUUCAAAAUGAACCUGAACUUGAAUCUCGAAAUAUAAUUAUUCCUCAUGAAAUACAUCAUGAAACUGGAAUUGAUUUAGAAAAUCAAACUAAUCCAAUUAUUUCAAAACCUAUUCAACAUCGACGACCAUCAACAAAAGAUUCAAGAGCAACUUCAAUUACUACGAAUGAUCUUCAUGAAAAAUCAUCUUCAUUACAAAUACCAACGAUUGAUUCUACUGUUGUUGCUGCUUCAUUUUCUCCUCCUCCUCAACCUUCUUCUCCUCCACCAUCUCCUCCUUCUCAUCCUGCAGAUAGCAAUGCUAAUAGUCUUGCUCCUUAUUUCUUCAGUGAUUUUGGAAAUGAAGGCGAAGGCGAAGAAGAUACAAUAACAAUUGAUCCAAGCAACUUUGAUAUACCAACUGGUGCAGAUGUCAUUGCUGAUGAUAGAAAUAGUUUAAUGGAACAAUCUCAAACAUCAUUAUUACAUUUACACUCAGCACACGUGCCACAACAGCAACAACAACAACGCCAACAGCUUACCUCGGCAAUGUCGUCGAAUAUAAAAAAUAACAAUGAGCAUAGGCAAGUAGAAGAAAAUGAAGAAAUAGAAAGCAAAGAAACGGAUACAACGAACAAGCGUAUAACAACUACUACUUCAGUUUUACCGUCGUCGCCUCCGUCACCAAAAAAAAUCUUACCUUCUUCCAUUAUUGACGACAUGCAAACGCAAUUUAGUGGAGAAAACAGUACAAAUAACGACGAUCAUCAUCGACAACCAUCAACUAAAAUGGCAAAUACAGAUGCAGCCGAUUCAAAUAUCGAAGAACAAGAAAAAAGUUUAAAUAAUUCACAAAUUCGUCUUCGUUCACCAUCAUCAUCAAAAUCUUAUCAAAUGCAUUCUCGUAUUCAAUCAACAACAUCAGAAAAACAUGAUGAUGAACAAAUUAAAAAUAAUAAUGAUGAAAAACAUAGUUUAUCAUCAUCACGUCAUACUACUCCAUUAAAAAGUAUCGAUAAUGAACACAUUCAAACACCUGAAAGAAUUAAUUCUGCUAAUCAACGAAUAAAAUCAUCAUCAAGAACUUUAUCACGUAGUCAAUCUAGAACUUCGAAUCAUAUAAAAAAUGAUGAAGAAACAACACGUAUUGAUUCUGCAAGGAAAAUUUCAUCAAAUAAUCUCAAUAGAGAAAAUUCAACUACUAGUUCAAGAACAAUAUCUCGUCCAGCAUCGAUGGCUCCUAGUGAACAAUCUCAUACAAGUCAACGAAGACCUGCUUCAUUACGUCCUUCUUCUAAUAAUGAUGAACUAGGUCAAUUAAAUAAUUCACAUGAUUAUAUGAAUAAAACACUAACAAAUGAAAAUGAACCAAAUGCAUUUUCAGCUGAAAGUGAACAUUUUCUUCAUCAUGAACAACAAACACCAUAUGAUCUUAAUCAACGAUUACCAAGUAAUUAUUCAAUAUCUAAUCCUAGUGAGUCUCGCCGAAGUUCAACAGCAAGUUCAACACUUCCUGUUACACUUAAUUCACCUGAUAAUGCAGAUAAUCAACCAAAAACAUCAAGAACAACGACACCCAAGAAAAAAAAUUCUGUUUCUUCAAUUGAUAUACCAUCUGAUCCAAAUGUACUUCUUACAACAACUGAUGAACCAGAUCCCAAUGAUCCAUCAAUAAUAAAUAGUACAAUACAUUUACAAAUAUUAUCAUCUCAACAACCAAAUACUGAUAUAUCUAUUAUAGAACGUAAUGAACCUAGUCCAUUAGAAAAUAUUGUACCAUUACAAGAACUUCCUACUCGUGUUCAAUCUGUUGAAUUACCAACCGAAGAAAAUUUACAUAAAUCUCCCUCGAGUUUACAUCGUAGUCCGUCAGUUGAAAUUGAACUUGUACCUAAUAAUGAAUUACCGCCAGUAUCACCAGAAAAUAGUAUGCGUCUUCAAUCUGUUUCACCAUCCAAUCAUGAACAAGAAGAAUUAUUACAUCAAACACCCUCACCAUCUAACAUUGAACAUCAACAAGAAUUAUUAAUUCAAAGUCCUUUACUUUCUUAUCCAAAAACUCUUGAAGAUUUAAAGCGUUCAACUUCUCCACCAUUUCUGUCGCCAAAUGAAUAUAAACAACAAGAACAAGAUGAAAAUAAUCGAUUACCCACAGUAUCAACACCAAUUAAUGAUGCAAAAACAACAACAAAUGAUUAUCAUCAUACAGAACAAAUUUUAUCGGAUAAAUUAGAACAUUAUGAUAUACAUUCACCCUUAAGUUCUCCACGUCGUAGCGUAUUAUCCAAUACUAAUCAUACAUCUGUUGAAAGUGAUAGUUCAUAUAGACAAAAAUUAGAUACACCAUCAAUAUCUUCUCAAAACGAACGAAUUAUAUCUCCUGUUCGUGAUGAUAAUAUUAAUAAUAAUCAAUAUGAAAUUCCAAAACAAAAUUUAAUAUCAAUACCCAUCAAACAAAUACUUCCUAAUGAAAAUCAACAAUAUCCAUCAUCAGAAAAAUCAAAUUCACCAAUACAUGUUGAGUAUCAACAACGUAAUGAUGAACAUUUAUAUCGAAAUGAUAUUCAACUUAGUUCCGCAUCAAUUAAAUUUCCUAAAAAUCAUUCUGCACAUUCAUCAUCAUCAUCACAAAUUCGACCCAUAUCUAAUGAAGAAGAUUUUCCAUCGAUGACACCAAGUCAACUACAUUCAAAAUUAUCACUUCGAGUACGACGAAAAAAAUCAAAACGAAAAAAAUCAAUUGAUGAUCAACAACCAUCAUCACCACAAAUUGAUACAGCUGAUAUGAAUACAAUGAGUAAUGAUGAUGAGAUUUUGGAAAAAGAACCAAAACAACGACAACGUCGACGAGUAUCAUUUUCAAGUAGUAUUGCACAUUAUCACAUGGAAGAACGACAACUUUUAACUAAUUGGCGUGAACGUGUUGCUGCUAUUUUAGCAAGCAAACAUCGUCAAAAUGAAAAAUAUGCUCAUAUACAAUCACGCGUUAAUUCAUUUGGUAAUUUUGAAUAUCAACCAAAAAAGAUAAAGAUUGUACCUGUUAAAAAGCUACCACCAAAAGUUAUUGAACAAACAAAUGUUGAAGAAAAUAAAUUUGUAAAACGAAAAAAAUUCAAAAUAAAAAAACCAAAACCUCGACCAGUGAUAUCCAUUGAAGAUCAAACUGAUGAUGAACAACAACAACAACCAAUUCAGUCAGCAAAAGAGCCGGCACCUCAGUUAUUCGGACGACUUUGGUGCCUACCCGACGGAAGUCCGACAGUUUUUCAUGAAUCUCUCGCAUGGAAUGUUGCAUCAAAAUUGAGAAGUUAUUCGUAUGAAAAUCUUAAUUUUGAACCCCAUCGAAGUGAAUUUAAAAUUUUUAAUAAAAAACCCAAAUGGAAUAGUGAAUCGAAAUUAGCCGAACUUCGAAAAGAACAUCCUCAUCGACAACAUAUUGCUUCAACUAAUUUAUUACCAAUGAUACCUGAUAGAGGUGAACCAUACUUUUAUCAACAAUCAAGUUUAGAACCUGGCAUGGAAAGAAAAAUUUUUAAUGAAAGACCUGUAUGGACAGGAAAAUCAAAAAUAAAAGAUACAACAUGGCAAAAUAUAAAUUAUCAACCAAAAAAAUCCAAAGUUCAAAUUUUUCAUAAAUCAGUUCAUUGGAAUAGUGAACCAAAAAUUCGAACACGUUCACCAUCUACAAUUUAUCCAUCACGAACAUCAAUGAGUAAUGUUCAAAUAUUUGAUCAAAAAUUAAAUUGGGAUUCUCAAGCAAAAGUACAUUGUUGGUCAGAAAUUGAUCUUCGUCAAUUAACAAAAAAGAAAGCAAUUUUUGCUCAAUAUCAUGAUCCAAAAUGGAAUGAUAUCGUAACACCUCGUGUUGAUACAACUAAUUAUAAUUAUUCAAAACUUUCAAAUCAUGUUGAAAUUUUCUCUGAUCGACUUGCCUGGACAAAAGAUUCAGAAUUAAAAGAUUAUGUUUGGGAAAAUUUUGAUUAUAAAUCACAUCCACGAACUCGACAGAGUCCAGCAAAUAAACCAAAAUGGAAUGCGGUAAGCAAACCGCGCAGUGUCAAUACAGUUUACAAUCCAAAAGUAACAAAUUCAACUGUGAUACGACGAGGAUGGGAUCAAGAUCUUCGCCGAAGACGAGUUCACAAAUUACCACCAUUAAAACGAAAAAGAAAACGUGAUGAUAUACCACAGUUAUCUAUUGAUACUCUUCCACCGUCGUUACCAUCGAAUGCACAAUUAGCUAUUGAUUAUAAUUAUGAUCAUUCCUCAACAACACAAGAACGUACGAUUAGUUAUGGUUACCCAACAACGUCGUCAAGACGAUCAAGUAAAGCGCUUGUUCCAAUAAACCAUCAUCGACAUUUGGCGGAGCUUGAAUUGCUUAAUGAAACUCCGCGAUCACAACGACCAGUACAACAAGAAUGGUAUGAUGAAAUGAAUAAAUCUCGUUUAACACAUAGAACAGAUAUAGAGCGUAUGACAAAUCAUUCAUUUCGAAAUUCCAUUGAUUCGCUUCAUCAACCAAAUACACCUCGAGAAUUAGCAACAUUUCGUUCAUCUACACGAAAUAGUCAAAAUAGUGUUAUGAGUGGUACAUUACUUGAUUCAAGUGUUCGAACAAAUCGAACAACGGAAUUUCGUCUUUCAAAAGACAUGGAUGAACAUCAUCAACAUUCUCAUACACCAAGUCAGUCAAUGCCUAUUGAAAUACGUGGUUUUAAACUUGAAGGUACACAAUUGAGUGUACCUGAUCAUGCAACAAUUCGUCCAUUAUCAAAUGUUAGUUAUGGAGCAAGUGAACGAGUUAAAAGUCGUCGAAUAUAUCCAUGGAGUAGUUUACAUCCACAUAGAACAUCAAGUCGAAAUAGUUCAUUGGUACCUAUUGCAGAAUUUCGACGUCCAUCACUUGAAACAACAAUAACUGAAGCUCAACAAUUAAUUCAUGAAGAAUAA